AUGGAGAUUGCCUCGAGCAUCUCGAUGUGCUCGCAAAAGCUUGAACCUUUCCAGCACAUUGACACAUCCGAAGACGACGACGACACCAACUGGCUGCUGGUCAGAACAAGCCAGCUCCUGCUAGUGGCAGACUCUCCCCAACCUGUUGUGGAGCCUCCGAAACCCAGGACGACAAUCAACAGCCUCCCAAACGAGCUGCUGGAUGUGAUUUUCAAGAUCACGCAUGCCGACUGGCUGCUGUUCACCCUUCAUCCAGAACUGUACUCAUCGCAACCCAGUACACUCCGGAAGAGAUCAUGGAAGGGAUUGAUGAAGCUGUUCUGCCAAUUCCCUUACACGCCGGCUGCAGUCUGUCGACGCUGGAGAAACAUCGUUCACGAUACGGCUCGGUUCUGGACACGACCUGUCGUAUUCGUGGAUAGCAGGGACCCGUUGGCCUCCCUAUCCAACCUAAAGAACUUCAUUCAGCGAUCCAAAGGCCACCCGCUCAUCCUUGCUGUCGUUCGCAAAGACUACAACGUCGUUCAAGACCUCCAAGAAGGCAUGAACGUGUCGCUCUUCAUGGACGUCAUCCUCGCCAACCUCAACCGCUUCAACGACAUCUACUUCCACCUCCACCAUAGCUCCUCCCUUCCAUCCAUCGCUCAAUUCCGGUAUCAACCUCCCUUCCAGCCCAAUCUCGCCCGAUUGGCUCUACAUUGUGACGAGGACGACGGACCAAACCACGACACCACCAUUCCCAAAUUCCUGGUUGCGACGCACUGGCCGCCUUCCCUCGUCACGCUGAAAAUCGACGGUCGCAACUUUGGCACCAUAGCUAAGGAACCGUACACAUGGUCCCUUGUCCUCUCCCACCUCAAGACUCUCUCCAUCGAGCGCCUCGACCAACCCGCCCAUUCCACCCACGAACCACUCUCUCUCCUCGAGAGCCUCGAGUUCCUAGCGCGGCUCCCCGAGCUGGAAGUCCUCACCAUCCGCGACGUCGCUUUCGAGACCAGCACCCGAGUUCCAGGAACAGCACCCAUCGUAAUCAACGUCACCGACCUCAUCCUCGAAGACCUCAGCGCCGACGUCGCCAAACACAUGUUCGAUCUGGCCAUCUUCAACCCCACCUACCUCCUCCUCCGCAACAUCCCCAUCGACGCGCUCCCACACGUCCCCCAACCCAUCUUCCUCGAACUAUCGGAAAUCCCAAUCGACCAAGACAUCGAAGACUUCCUCUGCUUCUGGGACGGAGAAGUUCUGGCGCUACGGGACUGCCCGGGGUUCAACGAUGCCAUUCUGGCCUUGUUUGCGGAAGAGGUGUCGCCUCCUUAUCAUAUCUGCCCCAGCCUGCGGGAACUGCACGUCCAGAAUUGCAGCAACUUUAGUGGGAGGGGGUUAAGGAGGAUGGCGGAGAUUCGGAUGGACUUUGCGUCGAGGAGGGAGAACGAGAGUCUCAAUUUGUCGCACAUCAGUGACAUUUUUGUUAGUGGGAUGGGACCUAUCUUGGCACCCGAAGACGCGCUGUGGAUGAGGACCCACCUCAAGACGUUUGUAUGGAGCACCGUGCAACCUUCGGGCGGGUCGUGCCAUCUGGAUCCAAGCGCUGUCGUUCCAUUUACAAUCCCAUAA